UCAGAGGGAAAUGGUGAUCUUAUACGAUUGAUUGAUGCUUACCAAAGGCUUACGGAUCGUAAGCACACUACGGUCGCGAUCAUAUGAGUACUCCAACUUAGCUGUGGGAUCAGAGCUUCGAUUGAUCGUGACGUUGGUAGGUGUACGCUUGAGGCCCCGAACAACAAUACGCUCAAUCCAGGUCUCAGUCUCAUAUUUGCCACUGUCAGCCGUUGGUUGGCCAACAAUCUCAGCCUCGUUGUUAGAAAUCGUACUUCAAAUGAAAUUAUCAGACCAAAAUAUGGGAACCUUUACAAAAAUAAACACCUACUUGUAAACCAUUUCAGCUGAGACGAACAUCCCAUGCUUGUAAAAAUGAGUAGCGCCAUCGUCAAGAUAGACACUACCGUUGGCAUGACCAGAGCGAUCCAAGGCGACAAAUAGAGUCAAGGGAUCCUGAAUCAUCAAACUCGCAGCACGUCUUAUUCUUUGCCACGUUGGGAUUAUGGUACCUCCACGUUGGAAUACCGGAAUGUGAUCAAUUGGUGCAUCAACAUACAACGAACCAGGUUGUUUCUCAGCUCCAGAUUCCCAUUCAUACCAGCGAAUGUUCUUGUCUCUCCCAACUGGGAGCUCCACAUUAACGUUGAAAGAGUCUUUCUCUACAACAGCCCGAACCAGUAACGCAUGACCAACCAUCCAGACCUUUUCUUCCUCAAAGAAUUUCUCCUCUUCGGGAAACUCGAACCAAACAGGUCGCAUAGGCGGUGCGCCGGUAAGAGAAUGCUCUCGGAACAAUGUAUACCAGUAAGGAAGCAAGGCAUAUCGCCGUCUUAUUGCGGAACGAAUUGCAUCCAGUGUUGGCUUAGAGAACAACCAUGGCUCUCGCCUUCUUGUGUCAAUGUGAGCAUGAGCCCUGAACAAUUGCUAUCGUAAACAUCAUUCAAAGAGCGUUCUCAGAUACUACCUGAAGAACGGUUGGAAUGCGCCUGCUUCAUACCAACGAGUGAGUAGCUGUUCGUCAGGGUUACCAAAGAAUCCACCAACAUCAGCUCCAACAAAGGGCACACCAGAAACUGACAAUGACAAUAACAUAGGAGCUGCUAUGGCCAAGUGUGUCCAGUCAGCAGUAUUGUCUCCGGUCCAGAUUGCAGCGGUUCGUUGAGAUCCCACAAAUCCUGACCGAGUAAGUAUGAAUGGCCGAUCCUUCCCACCGGUACGUUGGAGUUGCCCUUCAAAUGUCGAUGAAUGUUGGAGAAAACCAUACAUAUUGUGUAUUUCUCGAUGCUCGAUGCCACCGAAAUGAAGGGCAUCUUUGUUCAUGGUCACCUCUGGUCCACUAAAUACCUGAAUAUGCACGCCAUUUAA